AUGAACCCUCAACAAUUCCAUGCAAUUCCCAAGCAAAUUUGCUCUUUACCUUCUCUCCGGGUCGCCCACGACCCGACAUACGCACCCGGGAGUUCACCGCCGGAGAUUCCCACCGCGCCGCCGACGCACAACCCCGGCCUCCCGCCGGAGGUGCCGCGCCGGCGCAUCGCUCCCGAUUUUGAUCCGAUCCCUCCGGAGAAGCCUGCGCCGCCACCGCCAACCGGGCCCGGCCCAUUAUAUCCGGGCCCGCCCGACCCGCUUCCCCCGAAGCCCGAAGUACCACCGCCACCCGGGGAACCCGAGGUGGUCCCCCCUCAUGGGCCCGAAAUUACACCUCCGAAGCCGCCGGAGCCCGGCCCGCCACACCCGACCCAGCCCGAUAUUCCAACUCCCAUCAUGGGCUCAGAUGGGCUUGUGUUUUACUGA